CAUGUUAUUAGAGGAUGAUUAAAGAAUUAAUCAGACUUAAAUAGAAAUAACAAUAGAAGACCUGUAGUUGAUAGAAGAUUCUAUAUUGAAUUAGCAAAGGUAGACAUCGAACAUAAAUUAAGAUGUAAGUUAAUAAUCAAAUCUGAGACAGAAAUUGAAAGAUAAUACGUGCAAAACAUUAUCAAUAAUAAUGUAAGCAGAUGGUGUAUACAAUUUGUUAGCGUAUAAUGAAGAAGACUUGAAAGAUUUUAUUGAAGACUCUACAAUAGCAAUUCAAGAAAGUAAAUGGAAACCAUAAGGAUGGGAUAAGUUUAUGUUUGAAAGUUUAAUAUAGAGGAACUAAAAGAGAGCAUCCAUUAGUAUAGGAAUGGAGAGAUGCAUGGAUAGAUACUUAAUAUGCAGUGUUAUCUGCUUCGACGAAAACAAACAUUUGGUGGUUGCUAAUACUAAAUAUGGCAACAAUAUGAAUUAUGAGAUGGGUUGUGAAAAAUAGGGAAGUCUGAUUCGAAAAAUUUAUUUAGUUCUAUUAAGGGAAUAUUUUAAUACAAUGGUUUCAAUAAUAUAUUGGAUAAUAGACACAGAAGAAAGAUUCUUUAAAUAAAUAUAAUAGAAUGAUUGGGCAAAAUAACAUCGUAUGCAUAUUUAGACAGAAGGCCAAGUAAAGACAUAAAUACAAAGGUUAUUAGAUGAUGGUGAUGAUUUUUAAAGAAAUGGAAUGAAAUAUAAGAUAACAGAUGCAUUUUUUUAAAGAUUAAAACAGGGAUAAUAACAAUUACAAAUAUGA